CUCAGGAAAAGACGUGCAUCCACGUUUUUUCCUCGCCGUACUUUCGGCAUGCUCCGGUGAGGUGUUCGUAGACAUGAUGGAUAUUCAGCCGAUUGCAGCCGUGCCGGUCCGGACGGCUGGCGCCCUCCAUCAGAACCGAGUCUUCCUCGACUUCUUCUGGGAUUUGGCCAAACCCGAUCAAGAAAUUCGUCUUAGAGCGGUGGAAAAUCUUCUAAAAUACCUAAAAGACAACAACGAGGAGGAUGAGUUGGAGUACACGCUCAAGAAGUUGGUGGACGGACUUGCUCACACGCGGGAGGCGGCGAGGCCAGGCUUCAGUCUAGCGCUGGGUCAGCUCCUGACCGCGUUUGAGGACAUCACUCUGCAGAACAUCCUUGACAGGAUCAGGGAGAAACACAAUGUGCAAACAGCCACAAAGAAAUUUGUCAGAAAUGCUGCAUUUGGCAGCUUGUUUGGCAUCCUUGCUCUCCAUCAGUCAGGUCGCCUUUUCAAAGAGCCCCCAGUGGUGCUGGGUUGUGUGCAGCUUCUGCAAAACCUCACCCAACAGCGACAGCACCUGAAAGACCUGCCCAACAAGACCAUGAUGGACAUCCUCGCUGAGGUCCCCAAGAAGGUAUUUGAGGAGGUCCUGCUGAGUGCUCUGCAGGCCGACAUGGCCUCGGCUUUCCAGACUCCAGAGCAGCUGCAACUGCUGUUGGUGGCGCUGGAGCGCUUUCCCCAGACCCUCCAACCCAAGAAAGUAAAAAAACUGUUGGGCUCUUCCAAGAUCAUCAACAACGACAACAUUGGACAGCUGACACACCUACUUAAGAUGGCCGCCCGCUCGGCAAAGAAGGAGUGUGCGCUGCCACCGUUGGCCCUGGACCUCCUGAAGCUGUCCCUGAGGGAAGACAGCUUCCAGCUCUUCUGGAACAAAGCCGUCGUGGAGGGAAUGCUGAAGGAGCACUCGGGGCCCACCAACUUUGUGAGUUUCCGACUGUUGGGCAGCGCUUUGCCACUGCUGUCCGUAUCCCAGCUCAGAGAGGUUCUGUCAGGGGAGGUGAUGAAGCAAUACGGCGAUCACGUGGUGUCGGCCCAGAAACAAGAUCACUUCAAGCUGGCGCCCGAGAUGGACGCUUAUGUGUCCAACUUCCUGGCUGGCUGCCAGGAUACUGAAAAGCAGUUGGCGGUGAUGGUGGGCUUCACCUCGCUCGUCAAUCAGGGCUACCCGGUGGUGCCGUCCGUGUGGCGUGUGGUGCAGCACCUACAGCCGGCGGCACUGCGGAAUUAUGUGGCGUGGCUCAGGUCCACCUUCCUGCGGCCCCGCGUGGACGAGCUGCUCAACUUCACCUCUCACAAGCAGAUGGAGCGCAAAGAAGAGUUGAAAGAGCCCCCCCAAUUUCGCCUGAGGAAGUGGAUCGUGGCCAGGCUGGUCUCCAUCGUGGACAACAACCACGUGAAGAAGGACGAGCAGCUUAUCAUGGACAUUGCCAGAUUUGUCUUUUUCCACACCUUCUUCAGUGUCAAGAAGGCCUGCGCCAACAUUCCAGAAACCGAAGAGAAGCUCCACAUCCCACUGGAUGGGAAAACCAGAGCGCUGAUGGUCACGUCUUUCUUUGGGCUCCUCCUAUCCGUGCAUAACUUGCCGCUGGCCGACGAGUCGGUGGCGCCCCAGAAGCGCCCGACGGGCGUCACGUCCGACGGCUCCUUGUGGCUGGAGCGCCUGGUCCAGUACGCCCAAGACCUGCUCGACAAGCCCGCGUUGGUCCGCCCCGUCCAUACCCUCAGUGAGGAGCAGAGGCAGGCCUGGGACAGCAUGUUGGAGUCGGUGGCGUGCCUGAAGAAGAAAGGCGGCAAAGGCCACUCGGCGGAGAACGCCGCCUUCCGGCAGCUCUUCCUCUUGAUCGGCAUGCAUCUCUUCAAGGCUCCGGAUGAGCUGCUGGACGUCAUGAAGGACCUGCAGAGAUGCGUGGAUGAAGCGCAGGAGAAGACAGCCAAGAAGAAUCGGGAGAAAGCCGGCAAGCGGGGGGAGGUGGAACCCCAGUGGGUGGAGGUGAUGGUCGACAUCUUGCUGUCGCUGCUGUCCCAACCCAGCCGCCACAUCAGGCAGGUGUGCAAGAGCGUCUUCGCCUCCAUCUGCCCCCACGUCAACGCUGCCGCCCUCACCGCCAUCCUGGACGCGCUGGAUGAGGACGCAGAGGGGGACGGCCCCGUGCUGGUUCUGGACGACGCCGAGGCGGCCAAGAAGAUGGAAACGGAGAAUGACGUUGAGGAGGACAUGGAAGACGAGUCAGAUGGCACCUCCGACGAGGAAGACGACGACAGCGACGGGGCCGUGGAGGAGGAGGUGGACCAAAACUUCAAAGCGGAGCUGAUGAAGGUGCUGCAGAAGAAGAACGCUCUGGCCGCAGAGGAGGAUAGCAGCGAAGAUGACUUGGAUGAUGAUACCAUGAUGGAGCUGGACAAGAGCCUGUCGGCGCUCUUUUCGGAGCAGCAGAAGAAGGUCCUGGCCAGAAAGGACACCGUGGCUAAAAUGCGCAAAAAGAAGACACUGUUGUUCGAUUUCAAGAUCAAGGUGCUGGACCUGGUUGAGGUGUUUGUGUCUCGGCAGGCUGACAAUCCUCUGGUUCUGGACCUUUUGGAGCCUCUGCUGUCCUUGAUUGAGCGAGGGAUGGCUUUGGGCAAUGAGCAGCAGGGGCAGGAAUUUCUGCGCAGGGCGGCGGACAUUUUCAAGAACCAGCUGUGCAGGUCCAAGGGCUACUGCAAGACAGCACAAGACCGACAGGAAGAGCUUCACUUCCUUCUGAACAAGCUGAUGACAAAAAUGCAGAAGUUGUCCGAGUCGUCUGUCGGCCUCUACUAUUUCAGCGCCGCUCUGUAUGUCGUCAAAGUGUUGCGAGGAGCUCCGUCCGGCGAAAGCGUGGACGGGGCACUGGUGUCCGGGGUUGCGCCAGACUUGCGCUUCAUGGGCAACGUGGACGUGGAGCAGGUGGCCGGCAUCUUUCGGGAGGCCCUCGGCCACUUCAUGAGUCGCAGGAAGAGCCCCCUGACCACCCAGAUGUUCACUGACCUCUUUGCUAGAUUUCCGGUUUUGUGCGUGAAGCUGUUGAACGCGACGGUGCAGCACAUCGCAUCGGGCAUCAGGGAGCACCAGCAGGGCCAGGCGUGCGUGUUGCUACUCCGUGCCAUGCAAAACAGGGACGUGCAGAAGCUGAUGAGCGGCGUGCCGUGGUUGCAUUUGUGCACCAAGGUGGUGGCUCAGCUCACCGCGGCUUUCAAGCUGCAAGGUCAAAUGGAGAACAAGGCUCUGCAGGAAAAGACGGUGAAGGCGCUAGAGCUGUGUCGCUUGCUGGUCAAACUCAUCCAACUGCAGAAGCUGUCUGUGGACUUGGAGGCUCUCAAGAGCGCCCUGCAGCUCCUGCCUGAAGUGUUUGCCUUCAAGAAGACAGGCAAGCUAGAGGACACCUACUGGACCGUCAUGAGACACUUUGGAAUCACGAAGCCGACGAUCGAGAAGAUAAAGCCUGGCAAGGAUGGUGGCCAGCAGCCGCCGCAACGGCCUGCCAAGAAGCAAAAGGGUUUCCUGCCAGAAAGCAAAAAAAAGAAAAAAAGACCGCAGCCCGUCUUGGAGCCCGCCGCAUACACCAGCUCGGCCCCAAUGACGGACAACGCGAGGGUGAAGAAAGGACAGGGCAAGACUAAUAACAAAAAAAAGUCAAAGAGGAAGGCAGAUGGCACUCCGGCGUCGCAGCCCGGCCCGGCCAAGAAAAGCAAAAUGCAAAAUGACAAGUCAGUUAAAAAGAAGUAAAAAACAAACAAAAGAAAGAUUAAAGAGGAAGUAUAAAGUUGGACUCUUUAAUAUAGAUUUUUUUUUGCUCCAUUUUUUAUCAACCUUUCAUGAGCCUCGAAAAAGUGCAAGGAUGGGAAUCCUAAUUUUUUUAAUGCAUGACUGCUUUUUUCAGGGAAAAAAUAACAUCAUUAAAGCCCUUUUCUCCUGCUG